CCAGUAGCACAGCCUGGUAGCCAGUUCAGUUCCGCAUCUAUUCUCCUCGGCACCUCGGCGUGACGCCUCGCCCUGCCCUUUAAGACCCGCACUGUGGCCUCGCUGCGGACUAUGCUUCGCCACUGCAGCGGCAGCAGCCACCAGAGCGUCGCAGCCGCCUCGGGCACCAUGGCGUCCACCACCUUCUCGCUCUUCUUCCCGCUGCCCAACAAGGGACAGUGGCCGGCAGCGGCGGCGGACGAGGCCGCCGCGUUCGACGACGACCACAGCUCCAUCACCACCUCCCCUUCGUCCCCGUCCUCCACGUCGUCCGCGGGCUCCGUCGACUGCACGCUCUCGCUCGGAACGCCCUCGUCGCGCCGCGCCGCCGCCAGGCCGGCGGAGCUGGCCAAGCGCGCCGUGCAGCCGGCGUACCCGUCCGUGUCCGCGUCCCCCGUGUCGUGGGACGUUGCUGCUGAUCAGUCCUACUACUGCUGCCAGGGCAGCAAGCCCGGCGCCGCCGGCGCGGCCAAGGGCGCCGCGGCGCGAGCCGAGCACGACCCGCUGUUCGUGGACCGCCGCUGCGCCAACUGCGGCACCUCGUCGACGCCGCUCUGGAGGAACGGACCUCGCGGGCCCAAGUCCCUGUGCAAUGCCUGCGGCAUCAGGUUCAAGAAGGAGGAGCGGCGCGCGGCGGCGACAGCGGCCAUGGACCAUCACGGCGCGUGCGGCUACGCCGCGCAGCGGGCCGCGCAGUACGGGCCGGCCGGGAAGCAGGCGCCCGGCGCCGUGCCCUGCUACGGCGAGGGGGCGUUCCCGUGCGGCGGCGGCGACGUCGCGGACGCCGCGGCCGAGGCGCCGUUCCUCGCGUGGCGGCUGAACGUCGUCGCGCCGGCGCCGGCGCCGGCGCCCGCGUUCGCGGUCUGGCCGGAGCGGGCGGGCCUGUUCCAGUACAACUAG